AUGACCGAAGUCUUUGGCGCCGUUGCCGGCGCUAUCAGCAUCGCAGCCCUGUUUAACAACUGUAUAGAUUGUUUCGACUAUAUCCAACUUGCCAAGAGUUUCGGCGAGGACUUCUCCAGAUACCAACUCCGGCUCGAUGUUGCCAAAUGCCGACUAUCGAGAUGGGGUGCAGCCAUCGACAUCAAUAACGACUCACGAUUCCUCGGCGACGCAUCGACAGAUCCAACAGUGGAGUUGGCAAUGAAUAUGCUCAGAGAGAUAGUUGAAAGAUUCGGCGCAGCACAUAGAACCUCGCUUCGGUAUAAGCAAGCAUCAACAGAACAACAAAGCACGGCAAUAUGUACUGAAGCGGAUCUCGAAGCAGUUUCCCAGCGUCUGCACAAUUGUUUCCGGAGACUUACCAUACAACGGCAGAGUCGUGUAAGCUUGAUCAAAAAGGCGUAUUGGGCGAUCUAUGAUAAGAGAUACAUGGGGAAAGUAAUUGACGACAUCUUCGACUUCUUAAACGAAUUGGAGAAGGUGUUUCCUGCUCCACCCCAGGCUAUCACACAGUUGGUCGAGAUGGAAAUCAAUGAAGUCAACGAUCAGCAGGAAUUGAAGAUGAUCCAGGAUGUGUCUCAAGCCUUGGAUCCUGUCUUGGAAGCCGCUACUAAGUCGAAGCUUCGAGAAAUGACUGGGAAGAAUACUGUGGGACGCAUAAAUACGACAGGAAGAGCCAAUGUUGGCUACACGUUUCCAAAAGAAACGCUUUUGCACUCAGAGGGGUUUCAUGAUAAUACUACUAACCAUGUCGAUGAGAUUAUCGGAGGAGAGACUUCAAGAGUGAAUGUUGGAAACACAUAUGGUGGGACGGCAUUCUGGGAUUGA